AGAUGGCGAUACGCGUGGGACCGGAAAGAGUUUAUAGAUUUCCCGUCUACCCUACCUCUGAAGUGGAGGUGGGACUGUCCUGUGGAGCCCCGCCCUUUCCGCUAUGCGCCCGCGCGGCGCAAUGAUGUACACGGGCCCCGCCCACUGCCCCUGUUGGGUUCCUGAGUCGUGCUGCGUCGACGACGGUAGUGACGCGUAUUGCCGGGAGGAUGGCGGACGCCGGCUUGCGCCGCGUGGUUCCCAGCGACCUGUAUCCCCUCGUGCUCGGCUUCCUGCGCGAUAACCAACUCUCGGAGGUGGCCAAUAAGUUCGCCAAAGCGACAGGAGCUACACAGCAGGAUGCCAAUGCCUCUUCCCUCUUAGACAUCUAUAGCUUCUGGCUCAACAGGUCUGCCAAGGCCCCAGAGCGAAAGUUACAGGCAAAUGGACCAGUGGCUAAGAAAGCUAAGAAGAAGGCCUCAUCCAGUGACAGUAGUGAGGACAGCAGCGAGGAGGAGGAGGAAUUUCAAGGGCCUCCAGCAAAGAAGGCUGCUAUACCUGCCAAGCGAGUUGGUCUGCCUCCUGGGAAGGCUGCAGCCAAAGCAUCAGAGAGCAGCAGCAGUGAAGAGUCCAGUGAUGAGGAGGAGGAGGACCAAAAGAAACAGCCUGUCCAGAAGGGAAUUAAGCCCCAAGCCAAGGCAGCCAAAGCUCCUCCUAAGAAGGCCAAGAGCUCUGAUUCUGAUUCUGACUCAAGCUCCGCGGAUGAGCCACCAAAGAACCAGAAGCCAAAGAUAACACCUGUGGCAGCUAAAGCUCAGGCUAAAGCCACUCCCAAACCAGCUCGAGCAGCACCUAAAGUAGCCAAUGGUAAAGCAGCCAAUAGCAGCAGCAGCAGCAGCAGCAGCAGCAGUGAUGACUCAGAGGAGGAAAAGGCAGCAGCCACCCCCAAAAAGACUGUACCUAAAAAGCAAGUUGUGGCCAAGGCCCCAGUGAAAGCAGUUGCCACCCCUACCCAGAAGAGUUCCAGCAGUGAGGAUUCCUCCAGUGAGGAGGAAGAGGAGCAAAAAAAACCCCUGAAAAAUAAACCAGGUCCCUACAGUUCAGUCCCCCCACCUUCUGCUCCCCCACCAAAGAAGUCUCUGGGAACCCAGCCUCCCAAGAAAGCUGUGGAGAAGCAGCAGCCUGUGGAAAGCAGUGAAGACAGCAGUGAUGAGUCUGAUUCAAGUUCUGAAGAAGAGAAGAAACCCCCAACUAAGGCAGUCGUCUCUAAAGCAACCACUAAACCACCUCCAGCAAAGAAAGCAGCAGAGAGCUCUUCAGACAGCUCAGACUCUGACAGCUCUGAGGAUGAUGAAGCUCCUUCCAAGCCAGCUGGUACCACCAAGAAUUCUUCAAAUAAGCCAGCUGGUACCACCAAGAAUUCUUCAAAUAAGCCAGCUGGUACCACCAAGAAUUCUUCAAAUAAGCCAGCUGUCACCAUCAAGUCACCUGCAGCAAAGGCAGCUGCAACCCCCAAGCAACCUGUGGGUGGUGGCCAGAAGCCUCCGAUGAGAAAGGCUGACAGCAGCUCCAGUGAGGAAGAGAGCAGCUCCAGUGAGGAGGAGAAGACAAAGAAGACGGUGGCCACCACUAAGCUCAAGGUGACUGCCAAAGCAGCUCCACCUCUGCCUGCCAAGCAGGCUCCUCAGGGUAGUAGGGACAGCAGCUCUGAUUCAGACAGCUCCAGCAGUAAGGAGGAGGAGGAGGAAGAGAAGACAUCUAAGUCUGCAGUUAAGAAGAAGCCACAGAAGGUAGCAGGAGGUGCAGCCCCUUCCAAGCCAGCCUCUGCAAAGAAAGGAAAGACUGAGAGCAGCAGCAGUUCUUCCUCUGAUGACUCCAGUGAGGAGGAGGAGGAAGAGAAGCCCAAGGGCAAGGGCUCUCCCAGACCACAAGCCCCCAAGGCCAAUGGCACCUCUGCACUGACUGCCCAGAAUGGAAAAGAAGCUAAGAACAGCGAGGAAGAGGAAGAAGAAAAGAAAAAGGCAGCAGUGGCAGUUUCCAAAUCAGGUUCAUUAAAGAAGCGGAAGCAGAAUGAGGCUGCCAAGGAGGCAGAGACUCCUCAGGCCAAGAAGAUAAAGCUUCAGACCCCUAACACAUUUCCAAAAAGGAAGAAAGGAGAAAAAAGGGCAUCAUCCCCAUUCCGAAGGGUCAGGGAGGAGGAAAUUGAGGUGGAUUCACGAGUUGCAGACAAUUCCUUUGAUGCCAAGCGAGGUGCAGCUGGAGACUGGGGAGAGCGAGCCAAUCAGGUUUUGAAGUUCACCAAAGGCAAGUCCUUCCGGCAUGAGAAAACCAAGAAGAAGCGGGGCAGCUACCGGGGAGGCUCAAUCUCUGUCCAGGUCAAUUCCAUUAAGUUUGACAGUGAGUGACCUGAGGCCAUCUUUGGUGAAGCAAGGGUUAUGAUCGGAGACUACUCACUUUCUCCAGUGGACCUGGGAACCUGUCUCUCUAGGUGAGGGUCUCAAUGAGGACAGAAGUUUAGGGUAGGUCCUAAGACUUUACAAUGUAACAUCCUCUCUGGUCCUUUUCUCUGUUCCUAGUUUUGUACAGACUUGUUUUUGAGUGUUGAGUAGCAGGGACAAAAUAAGGGAAUGUUAUUUUUAAAGAAAAUUCAUUUUCAUUGUUGUCUCCUUACUUUUCUGUGGAAGUCCUCAUACUGAGAAAUUUGUAUAUUUUAUAUUAAAUCAUUUCCUAUUGAUUUUUGUUGUGAUUUUCAAAGGUGGAUUCCCACAGAUAAAAUCUUGGCUGUUGCCCAAAACAUAGUAAAGGGUCAGGUGUGACUUUUUAUAAUUGGAAGAAAAUUCUGCCUUUGUGAGUGCACAUGUCCACAUUUCAUCCCUCCUUCCCUCAAAACCCUAGAGAGGGGCAUUAAAGAAUUAUUGAUGUAUAUGCAAUAUCUGUUAAGCAUGCAGUAUGUAUUUCAUCUUCAUUUAUUGGGUCUGGGACUGAAGUUUUUAGCCAGCAUGGACCUGACCUACUUUUUGGGAUAAAAUUCACUGUUUUGUUACAGGCAGAAUUCUAGUGUGGCAUGUGCCAUGGGUCAUACUGAAUACAUUUUUUUUCUGUAAUUUUAUCAUUACAUGAUGUUUGCAAAACAUGCCUUGUUUGUUAAUUUGAAAGCAAACUUUUCUACUGUUGAAAGACAUUUUUUGACAACUUCACCCUUCCUAGUAUUGAGUACUAAGUUGAGGACUGCAUCUUCUCAUUUUUUACAGUAUAGAGAACAAAAUGACAUUAGUUUGAAAAAUAUAUAUUACUUGGUAUCGCUGUCUUGGUUGCAGUGGUGAUACAGAAUUGGUUUCAUUAAUUCCUACAUGGUUGGAAAUCACUGAUCAAGAAAGUGGGGGGGAAAAAAACGUUAAAACCUCAAUCCUCAGUAGGAAGGUAGAUUACAUUAGGUGAAAUUAUAGGUAAUCUAUGUAUGUGCUAAUGGGGUUGGAAAGAACCUUACAGAGCAUAUUACCUGAUAAACUUGAGUGGAGUGGGUUUGGGAGAACAAACUAAUAGGAUGAUUGUGUCUCGUAGUUGGUACCUGGGAGCAAUUGACAUGCCCCCUUCAGAACCUUAACUGUUAGUAACAGUGGCUGUAACAACACAAACCAGUGACCAGAGAUACAGCUCUUAGGCCAAGCUGGCCUGACGGUAUGGCUGAAGGAAGUGACUGAGCAGUGGUGGUACUCAGCGAGACCAAGAUGGAGAGGGAAGAGUCCACAGCUUUCUGGAGGCUAAGGCGUUCCGGUGGUAGGAAAGUGUGCCCCAAGCCUUCAUGGAUGAGUUACAGGUCUUAAAAUUAGUCUCCUCUUGUUUGGAUUCUAUACUUGCUAAAUAACCUGAUAAUAACCUGGUUUUCCAUGUUAACUGCCUCUAGGAAGAAAAUGUACUGUUCAUGCUGACACAGAUAUUUCAGUCUGCAUGGUAAAAGUUCUACAUCUUACUACAAAAUAAUAAACUGGCUGGUUUAUAAUGUG